AUGGCCGGAAGAAAUGCUGGGAGGAAUGAUGAGGCUCUUGCUGCAGCUAUGCAGGCAAUGGCUCAGGCGUUCCAGAACCCACCCAAUGCUGACGAGAACGUGGGGUCUCGUAGUCUGGCGACGUUUCAGAGGGACAACCCGCCUACUUUUCUGGGUAGGUAUGAUCCUGAAGGAGCCUUGGCUUGGUUGAAGGAGAUUGAAAGAAUCUUUAGAGUGAUGGAUUGCACUCUUGUGCAAAAGAUCCGUUAUGGAACUCAUAAGCUGUCAGGUGAAGCCGAUGAUUGGUGGGUGGACACUCGUCUAAGGUUGGAAACUGCGGGCGAGGAGAUUACAUGGGAAGGGUUUCGUAGAGAAUUUCUGAGGAAGUAUUAUCCAGAAGAUGUGCGAGGAAAGAAAGAGAUUGAAUUCCCGGAGUUGAAGCAAGGGAACUUGUCAGUCACGGAGUAUGCUGCUAAGUUCACUGAAUUGGCUAAGUUCUAUCCUCACUAUGAUGGAGCCAAUGCCGAAUUCUCUAAGUGCAUCAAGUUUGAAAAUGGAUUGCGUCCGGAAAUUAAGAAAGUUGUGGGAUAUCAAAAGAUUCGCAUCUUCGCGGAUCUGAUUGAUAGUUGUAGAAUCUUUGAAGAGGACAACAAUGCACACUAUAAGAUCUUGUCUGAGAAGAGAGGAAGGGGUCAACACAGCCGUGGUAAGCCAUAUGAAACUCCGGUUGGAAAAGGGAAACAGAAAGUGAUUCCGGGUCGAAGAACAAGUGGGGGAGAUGCUCCUGCUAAUAUUAUCUGUUUCAAGUGUGGAAAGCCGGGUCACAAGAGUAAUGUGUGUAGGCUUGGUGAAACGAGAUGUUUCCGUUGUGGUAUGCCGGGACAUGCGGCUCGUGAUUGUAAGCAGAAGGAUGUUGUUUGCUUUAACUGUGGGGAAGGAGGACAUAUCAGUGCUAAAUGUCAGAAGCCAAAGAGGGGACAAGAGAGUGGUAAAGUGUUUGCUUUGUCGGGAACUCAGACUACAAAUGAAGAUGGACUUAUUUGA